GCAGCUGUUUCCAGGCUGGAGUAGCAGGCUGGAAGUUCAGUCUCGUUGCGACCGUCGGCGAGGUCGCGUCGUAGCCUCCCGUUUUCGCGCUCGUGCUCUUCGCUUUCUCGCCACGUGCACUCUCUCCUCUGUUUUUUCCGACGAAGUGAAUCGCCGAUUCGUCGGGAAACCGGCUUCCAUCAGCCGGAGAACUACCGACGCCCGACGUCUCCAGCAUUUUCAUCGAGGAACUUCGGGAAGCACGGCCGAACUUCAACUUCGUCUGACCACAGCAGCCAUGAUAUGACACUCGAUUGAGAGGAAGAGCGUGCAACCGACGAGCAGCCAGCAUGAGGAAGUUACUGCAGUUUUUGGUGGUGCUAUUGUUGGGUGUCAACGCCAGACGAACGGACGCCGACGCCCCGGUGGACGACGCUUACGCUGGUCAGCGUCGCGGUUCCCUUCACAAGUCUAAUUACAACAACGGGAACAACAAUUACAAUCCUCAGUCCAGCUCACCCUAUCUGCCGUAUCAGCAGCCCAGAGAGAGAAAGCCGAACAUUGUCCUGAUUCUGACGGACGAUCAGGAUGUGGAACUUGGUUCGCUGAACUUCAUGCCACGGACCCUAAGGCGAAUAAGGGACGAGGGAGCCGAGCUGAGACACGCAUACGUAACCACUCCCAUGUGUUGUCCGAGCAGGAGUUCCUUACUGACCGGCCGUUACGUUCACAAUCACGAGGUCUUCACGAACAACGACAACUGCAGCAGCCCCCAAUGGCAACGAGAUCACGAGCCGCACUCGUUCGCCGCUUACCUGAGCAACGCUGGAUAUCGUACCGGGUACUUCGGCAAGUAUCUGAACAAGUACAACGGCUCGUACAUACCGCCCGGAUGGCGGGAAUGGGGCGGGCUCAUAAUGAAUUCACGGUACUACAACUACAGCGUGAAUAUGAACGGCAAGAAGAUAAAGCACGGCUUCGAGUACAGCAAGGACUAUUAUCCGGACCUGAUAGCGAACGACAGCGUGGCUUUCCUACGUCAGAGCAAACACAAUUUCGCCAGGAAGCCGGUGAUGCUCGUCGCGAGCUUCCCGGCGCCCCAUGGCCCGGAAGACUCGGCCCCGCAGUUCUCGCAUCUCUUCUUCAACGUCACCACUCACCAUACCCCAGCCUACGACUACGCGCCAAAUCCCGAUAAGCAAUGGAUCCUCCAGGUGACCCAGAAGAUGCAGCCAAUCCACAAGCAGUUCACGGACCUGCUGAUGACCAAAAGGCUUCAGACGCUGCAGAGCGUCGACAAUGCAGUAGACAGGAUCUACCAAGAAUUGAAGGACCUGGGAGAGUUGGACAACACGUACAUAAUAUACACGUCCGACCACGGCUACCAUCUGGGUCAAUUCGGUCUGAUCAAAGGGAAAAGUUUCCCCUUCGAGUUCGACGUGAGGGUACCGUUCCUCAUCAGAGGGCCUGGAAUCGAACCUGGCACCAUAGUAGACGACAUAGUUUUGAACAUCGACUUGGCGCCGACGUUCCUGGACAUAGCCGGCGUCGAGACGCCGCCGCAGAUGGACGGUCGUUCUUUCAAGAAACUUUUUCAGAAUAAACACGGCAGAAGAUCGAAGUUCAAGUGGCCGGACACGUUCCUGAUCGAAUCUUCGGGUCGCCGCGAGACCCCGGAAUCCAUCGCGGAAAUGAAAGCGAGGGAGGCGAGGAGACAGAAUCAGACUCUCGCGAGACAGCAUUCGAACACGACACCGGAAGAGGAAGACGAGAACGUGGCGGAUACCGAAACGGAUCGCGAGCCGGAGCACCGGUUCUUCGAGAACGACACCGGUAGCGAUCAAGACAUCUCCGAGGACGUGGAUUUCGAGGAUUCGAUCAUCGACGAAUCGAAUCCCAUGGAUUCCCUUUCAGGCUCCGAUCCGCAUCUGGACAACAGAGUGUAUCCGGUGCACUCGACCUUUUCCGCGAAGCACGAGCGCUUGGCGAUCGAGUGUUCGCGUCCGGAAGCGCAGGCCAAUUGUGUGCCGGGUCAGAAAUGGCGUUGCGAGAGGGACGGUCAUCGAUGGAGAAGGCACAAGUGCAAGUACGCCGCGCCUCCGUUAAGGAUCUCGAAGAAAUGCGCCUGCUUCACGCCGAACGGAGUGGUGUACACGAGGUUAGAGUCGAACGACUACGAGGGACAUCGAUACGGCUUCGGCAGGGACAGAAGGCCGGCUGAUGUCUACACAGAUAUGGCUAGAUACUUUGCUAGACGGGGCAAACGAGACGCGCCGGACGAGGCUGCCGCGGUCGACGAAGAUGCUAGUCGUGAUACCGAGCAGCUGGAUGAUGACUAUAAUGAUGGUGACCGUGACCGGCGAGCCAUCGACGAGGAAGACGACGAGGAGUUCUUCCAGGAACUGAUCAAACUCGCAGACGGCGUCAAGAGAGAGUACAACAGUCUAUUUUCUAGGAAUAAUUUUAAUAACCAGACACUGGACGACAACACGCUGGAGUUCGAUAACUUGAACGAGUCCGAAUAUUCGAUCGACGACUUCGAUCCCAGUUUGGAUAAGGUGGUGAAAGGCCGGCUGAACGUGGAGGACGUGGUGAAGAGACACAGGAGGAUACGGAGGAGUACCACGAAGAAGGAUACCGUUGAACAUGUUACUAAAAUCAUGGAGAGCAUAGAGGAAGAGCUGGAUGACUUAAAGGCUACGCAAAUCCGCCACUCGGAGACUCGAAAAACACUGCCGCCAAAGUGUUCAGUUUUACCACAGGGUGGAGUGAACUGCUCGGAGACUGUGUACCAGGACCCGAACGAAUGGCGUAUCUCUAGGCGAGAAAUCGAGCAACAGAUAAGAGAAAUGAGGAUGCAACUUGAAACGUUGAAAGACAUACGUCGUCAUCUGAUGACCAAGCGACCCCACGUCAACCGGGAGACCGAGGAAGGGCCUAGGAAUACCCAAGAGCCUCAUAAAUCGCACCAUCACGCUUCGAAGAACCACGCGAACCGUCAUCACAAGAAACACGAUCACGCCAGCACUGUUAAUCCUACCGUUACGACUGUUCGUUCCACGUCGAAGCUGGACCAAGUCACGGAAGACAGAACUACGUCCACGGGGACUACGGAGAAACUGAGGAUGAGUGUUACGGAAAACACUGAUGACCCCGAUACGACCACCGUAAUUGAAACAACAGCGACGACCUUAUCGACCACUGCCAAACCAAAGAAAGCGUCGCGUCGACAGAAGAUAAAAGAAGCUACGAACAAUCGAACGGAAGUGGAGGACGAUAGACCACUGAGACGCAGGAAGGUUCAUCAUCACCGUAGAAACAAUACGCUGUUCACGAACAGCGUGCACGAUGAGGUGCCGGUUGUGAACGUUAGCGAGAUAGUUGAGACAACUGUGACUACUCAAAGUUCCACAGGCACACAGUAUCAAUCGAGUAGGUAUACCACUCUUCCCACCACAGUGGUGAAGGAAACAACCGCUCAGAGGGAGACCUUGAGCAGCGCCGGGGUCACGAACGAGUCCACAAAGGAGACCACGUUGGAAAUGGACCCGCAGACGAUGACGUCGAUGACGACGGAGACCACCCCAAGCGAAUCAACCCCUAUAACUUCCAGAACCGAAGCUCGUUCCAGAAAUACGUUCACAACCGCUGUCACGACGACACCGGUUACUCCAACGAAGAAGUUUCCAAAAGUUCAGAAGAACAGGACGAGUGGAAAUCUUGGGCCGUCCAGAAUAGACGUGACCAUCUUGGAGUCUCCGGACAGGAAAGGCACACAAGAUAUAAUAGAUAUAGCAAAUAAUCGUCGACUACCACCGAUGCUGAACAGCCCCCUAGAGGCUCGCCACAAAUGCUACUGCGAGCCUGACUCCUACUCGAAGAAGGACGAGAAGGAGAUCGCCCGAGAAGAGAGAAGAAGACUGAAAGAGGAACGAUUGAAGAAGAAGGAGAGGAAGCUAAGAAAGAAGGCUAAGCUCGAGAAAGAGUGUCUGACGGAGAAGAUGAACUGCUUCGAGCACGACAACGACCACUGGCGCACUGCCCCGUUGUGGAGCGCUGGUCCAUUUUGUUUCUGCAUGAAUGCCAACAAUAACACGUAUUCGUGCAUUAGAACCAUUAACGCCACGCACAAUUUCCUCUACUGCGAAUUCACCACUGGGUUGGUCACGUAUUAUAAUCUGAGGAUCGAUCCAUUCGAACAGUGGAACAGACUGUCGUCGUUGACGCCCUCAGAACGUUCUUACCUUCACGAUCAACUGGAACAUUUGAAAGGGUGCAAGGGUACCAGGGAUUGUACAGUUGGGAGCGCGAGGGAAGCUAUGCCGCAGCUUCAGCAGCAUCAGAGAUAUAUUUCGAAGAGAAAAUAUGCUAACACCUUCGAGGACAUGUUUGUACCGUCAACGUUACAAAUUAUUCGUGAAAGCGAACUUGGUAGUCCGCCUAAUAAGAGACGAAAAAAGUUGCAAACCGUUUGGAACAGACGUAGCAGAAGCUGGCAGAGUAGUUGGAGACAUCAUCAAGACUCUGUGAAUUAUCGACGGCACAGACAUCAGUACUGAUCACCGUUCGUUUUUCAUUGAACAAAUCGUCGAAGGAUGCCUGACAGCAUUGCCUUGGAUGUGUAUUCAUUUUGCAAUGCAUUUAAUAACGUAAUUUAUUUAGUGAUAUUUAAAUUGGGAACGGAAACGUGAUAUUUAAUUGAUGACGUUCUGAUUCCGUUAGACUGCCGCAGCUCGAGGAGUUUACUGUGUAUAUUUUUCAACGCUAUUUUUCUUCACGGCAAAAUUAACGUGUUGUGAACGAGAAAAACAAUCGGAAACACGAUCUAAUGAGGAUCCAUUUUUUUACUUAAUAGCAGAUAUUUUUUAUAAUAAUUUAUUCAUCUCACGUCUCUUUAGGUCUUUAUACAACAAACGAAUAAUUACGAUGACUAUAAUUCUAGCCAUCGUCUAAUAACGCACGAUGCCAAGACUGUUUCGAUGAAACUGAUAAAAUCAGUGGCACCAUUUAAUCUGCGCAAUCUAUUGUCUUACUAGAAGCAGUAUGGAAACUUUUAUAAUUGCUAUACCUAACAGUCCCUGCCAUGAAAAAUGGAAUGCUGAUGGAUGCAUACACUGUUAUAAAUAAGAAAUAAAGAUAAAUUUAUUGGAAAAUUACAGAUAUGCUUUGUUAAGUAUAAAGACAAGUUUAUAUAGUAUUCAGUCUUUCCUAUCAAGAGUUACGUAUAGUUUAAUUAUCGAAUUUAAUAUGCCUUUACACAAGCUAUAUAGCUAGGUAACUUGUCUCCAUUAGCAUUUUAUUUUUUUUACAAUUAUAUGUCUGUGUUAUGUACUAGAUUCUCAGAUAGUGUCCUGAGAAUAUCUUCAAGAUUUUGAAACUGAAGCCAUGUAUUUAAAUCAUGUGAAAUAAAUAAAUAAACACUGUCCAAACGA